AAAGAAUGAAGUACGGUGGUUAUCAUAAAUUUAGAAAUUUAUGUAGGAGCUUCACAUAUCUCGUACACGGACACUCCAUAAAUUACAGUAUCCGUCCUACUCUGCAAUGUAUCCCUCCCCACAAACAUGACACACUUUCAAAUCUCCGGCCACCCCAACGCCCGAUCACCGCCGUUUACGUCGGAGCGAUGAGGAUAAUCGUGCCCCUCCAAGGCGUUGUUCAAGGCCGUGGUGGUCUUCUUCUAGGCUCAGCUAUACCCUGCGCUCUCUUUUAUUUUUUCCAGCUUUAUCUCAAGCAACGUCAACGACGCCAAUCUCCGCCGGAGCCGGAGCCUCCGGAGGUGUCUCCCAGGCUCAACAGAGUGCUUUCUCGCUCCAUUUCGUCUCCUAGAGGCUCAAGUGGUCCGGCCCAUGUUUCUUUAAGGGCUAAUAGUAUUGUUAAACUAGUUGAUAGUGCUUAUUUUGUUGGAUUAAAUAGGGUUUGUGAGGACCCUUUUCAUGAAUCUGAAAACCCAGAUGGUGUUUUUCAGCUCGGAUUGUCUGAAAACAUGUUAUGUAAGGAUUUGGUUGAAAAAUGGCUGGCAGAUAAUGGAGAGAGUAUAUGUGGAAUUGCUGCUAAUUUACCAAAUGAUGGGCUUAUGGAAUUGAAAGUGGAAUUAACACGAAUCAUGUCAAGGGCCAUAGAUAAAAUAGUCUUCUUCAACCCAUCUCAAAUGGUGAUGACAGCUGGUGUAACUUCUGCAAUUGAGAUGCUUAGCUUCUGUCUUGCUGAUGCAGGAAACGCUUUUCUUGUUCCAUCACCUUAUGACCCAGAUCUUGACAGGGCUGUCCAAUGGCGGACUGGGGUUGAAAUUAUCCCUGUUCCAUGCCGCAGUGCGGACAACUUCAAUUUGGGUACACCUGCUCUUUACCGAGCAUUUAAUCAGGCAAGGAAACGUGGUCUUAAAGUUCGUGGAGUUAUAAUUUCGAACCCAUCGAAUCCAGUAGGCAGUUUGCUCAAUAGGGAAACAAUCAACAACCUACUGGACUUUGCUACUGAAAAGAACAUUCAUGUCAUCUCCAUUGAAAUGUUGGCAGGAUCCAGUCAUGGUGAUGAUCAGUUUGUCAGUAUGGUAGACAUCAUUGAUUCUGGAGAUUUUGACCGUAACAGAAUUCAUAUAGUUUAUAAUCUUUCGGGAGACCUUUCUCUUACUGGCUUCAGUGUGGGGGUUGUUUAUACAUAUAAUGAUAUUGUUUUGGCUGCAGCUGAGAAACUUCUAAAAUUCUCAUCUAUUUCAGUUCCAACUCAUCAAUUACUUGUCUCCAUGCUCUCGAAUCGAAGAUUUGUUCAGAUGUUCAUAGAGGCAAAUAAAGAUAGGCUCAAAAUGAUGCACACUGAAUUUCUGGCUGGGUUGAAGCAAUUGGGAGUUGAGUGCGUGAAGAGCAGUGGAGGCUUCUACUGUUGGGCUGAUAUGAGAAAGUUUAUUAGCUCAUAUAAUGAGAAAGGAGAGCUUGGGCUUUGGGACAAGUUGUUAAAUGUUUCGAAGAUUAAUGUAACUCCUGGUUCCUGUUGUCACUGUAUCGAACCUGGAUGGUUCCGGUUUUGUUUCACUGCAUUGAAGGUAAAGGAAAUCCCUGUAGUCAUGGAACGUAUUCAAAGAGUUACUGGAAAAGUAUCUCAGAGUUGACAGUCAUGGAGUAACUGGUGUUCAACAAGUAACUUACGAAUAUCUAGCUUGGUGAGAGACACCCUUUUGCAAGAAUCUUGCAAUUGCUAACUUCAAGGGUAGCCUCACAGAUAUGGAUCCAAGUGACAAGGGGGAGAAGCCAAGCGAUUCACUUAAUUGAUCUGGAAAUGGAAGCUUAAUGAAUUCCAGUUGCUUUUAGUCUGCUCAUACAAGAUAUCCCAUAAACCUCCUCUCAGUGGUAAGAGCAAGCUAAUGACUAUCCAAUUCCUAACCCUUGAGUUAGAGUUUAUUCAAGUUAUGGCUUCUUUCUUCAAUUUGUUUGCAGUCUAUUCAUUUGUCGUGGUCUUUUCCACGCAAACCUUACACCCACUUCUGCCUCCUCUCCAGUCUUACGACAUAUUCAUACUUGAAAAGUUCAAGUCUUAGUGGAUAGUCUGAAAAAUUGUAUGUAAAGAUCCAAUCUGUUUUACGGUCAAUUCCAUAGUAUGUAUCUCAAUCAGCAACAAUGCACCGAAGAUGCAUAAAUUUGUUAGCUCAUUCUAUGUUUAAGGUAUAAACUCUUAGCUUGCUUUCGCUUGGAUGAAACUUCAAGUUGUAACAUUGC